CUGACUGGAUAUUAAACCCAUGAACGGUCCUACACUGAAACUAUCCCUUGGAACCUGAAGUACUUACUGGCCCAAAAAUGAAAUAAAAUAAAAUAAAAUUAGUGUAUGGCGAUUGCGGCAGCAUCUGCAUCUCAAUUUGUUGGCCCUAUUCUGAAUUUAACCAAAUUGGUCGUUGUCGUCCUCCUCGCCCUUACUCCCAAUCGAUGGAAGACCCUUCAACGCAAGACAGAGAGCACUUUGGAAUGUUGCAGCAUGGAUGCGAGCACUACAAGAGAAGGUGCAAAAUUCGAGCUCCGUGCUGUGACCAGAUCUUCCCAUGUCGUCACUGCCACAACGAGGCCAUGAGCUCUCUUGACAACCCCAAAGAGCGCCAUGAACUGGUCAGACGUGAUGUUAAGCAAGUUAUAUGUUCAGUCUGUGAUGCUGAGCAGGAGGUUGCCAAAGUGUGUUCUAAUUGUGGUGUCAACAUGGGAGAAUAUUAUUGCGAGAUUUGCAAAUUCUAUGACGAUGAUACAGAUAAAGGGCAAUUCCAUUGCGAGGAAUGUGGUAUUUGCAGGGUUGGUGGUCGUGAUAACUACUUUCAUUGUCAGAAAUGUGGUGUGCCCCCUUACCAACAUCAUGCUAGCUUCUUGGUUUUUACGAGUAUAAUAUUAUUUCUUGUUUUGUUUUGUAUGAGUACAGGAUCUUGCUAUGCAGUGGGCCUGAAAAAUAAUCACUUAUGUGUAGAGAACUCAAUGAAAAGCCACUGCCCUGUCUGCUAUGAGUAUCUAUUUGACUCAAUUAAAGGCACCACAAUUAUGAGGUGUGGACAUACGAUGCAUAUGGAAUGCUUUCAAGAGAUGGAAGCCCAAAAUCAGUACCGUUGUCCUGUCUGCUUGAAGUCGAUAUUCAAUAUGUCGCAGAAUUGGAGAAAUCUAGAUCUUGAGAUUGAAGCUGUUCCGAUGCCUCAGGAGUAUAAGAUUGAGGUCUCGAUUCUGUGCAAUGAUUGCAAUACCCCCAGCGUUGUGUCCUUUCACAUUUUAGGUCACAAGUGCGGGCAAUGCGGUUCGUACAACACCCGUAGGAUUUCAACUCCUGAACAUCAAUGAAGGUUUAUGGUUUAAUUGCUUAUACCAGAUUACAACUACAAAUUCGCCGUUUCCCUUUCUGUUUGCCGUAAAAAAUAAAAAGACAGAGAACAAUUCCAGUUAGACCGACGGCCUCAUGUUGUAUUACUAUUUCAAAGGAAAUUGCAGUUAUCUUGUUUGUA